AUGUCCGUCUACCCGUCCACCACGGGCAACGACCCCGUCUACGAGGAGACCGCAGCCCCUGAGCUCGUCGAUACCUCGGAGACCAUAAGCUCCGGCAGCACGGGGCUCAAGAGCAUCACCAAGCCCGAGAGAAACACCACCAGCCUCGAGCGGAACCCCAGCAUCGAUGUCAACUCGGUCCCUUCCACCACCGGGGGCGGACCAACCCCUUCCCCCCGUCCUCCCGCGGCCGCCGACGGCAGGCAGGCAGACUCCUCCCACCGCCGUAUGCAGCGGAAGCUCUCUCGCAAGGCCUCCAAGUCGACGAAGGAGGAACGCCGUCUGGAGGAGAAGAGGCGCCAGCAGGAGAUGGACAACAUCAAGCCCCCCAGCUUGUGGAAUGUCUACUGCGGCAUGAUCACCUUCUGGGCUCCCGACUUUAUCCUCAAGUGCUUUGGCAUGCCGGCCAAGGCUCAGCGGAGAGCCUGGCGUGAGAAGAUGGGCCUCAUCAGUCUGAUCCUGCUCAUCUGCGGCUUCGUCGGUUUCCUCACUUUCGGAUUCACUCAGGUUGUCUGUGCUGCGCCUCCCGUGCGUCUCAAGGUCAACGAGGUCGACCAGGGCUACAUGAUCUUCCACGGACGCGCCAUCAACCUCGCCAAUUCUCGACACCCAGCCGUGCUCGGUCUGCCGGACGCUUCUGUCGUUGUCUUCUCCGGUGACGGAUACGGCGGCCAGGACGGCAGCUUUCUCUUCCAGAACGUCAAUGGCGCGUGCAAGGGCAUGAUCACCCCCAAGGAGGGUUCUGAUAUCCCUUCCAACAGCGACGGUGACAUGGGAUGGUAUUUCCCCUGCGUCACCUUCAACCAGGACGGCUCAACCAAGCCCAACUUCACCACGCCAGAGUACCUCGGAUACAAGUGCCAUACCUCUGCCGCUGCUCGAGAUGCCUUCUACGAUCUCCGCACCACUGGUGAGGUCUACUUCUCAUGGGACGACCUCAAAAACAAGAGCAGAAACCUGCUCGUCUACUCCGGAAACGUUCUCGACCUCGACCUCCUCAAGUGGUUCAACACCAGCCAGGUCUCCUACCCGUCUCGCUUCGACCAGCUCCGCGAGAGCGAGGAACUGCGCGGCGUCGAUGUCACCCACCGUUUUCAGACCGGCCCGGAGAAGAGGAUGUUCAAGUGUCUGACCCAGAUCAUCAAGGUCGGUUCAAUCGACACUGAAACAGUCGGGUGUAUCGCCUCCAAGGUCGUGCUCUACAUCUCUCUUAUCUUCAUUCUGGCCGUUGUUAUCGUAAAGUUCCUCCUUGCCUUGGCCUUCCAAUGGUUCCUGGCCCGUCGGUUCGCGGCCCCCAAGACAGCGAUGGAUCCAGACUCCAAGGAACGGAAGCGCCAGAUCGAAGACUGGAGUAACGACAUCUACCGCCCCGGGCCCCGCCUGGCGGAUCCUGCCAUGCCCGACCGCUCCAGCAAGCGCGCCUCUAACAUCUUCCCAACUACGUCACGUUUCUCUAGCCCCUAUGUGGUCGGCUCAAACAAGCAGCGCAAUACCAUCACCACCAUGUCCAGCCAGAAUAACUCCAACCGCCUCAGCGCCGCGCCAAUGUACAAGCUCGGCAACCCAAGCCAGGGAACCCUUAGCGCUGACCUCCGACACAGUCUCAUUGGCAGUCGUACCAGUCUCAUGGUUCCAGGCCAUGACCACCGCCACUCUACCAUCAGUGACAUCGAGGGCCAGGGCCCUGCCGAGUUCGUCCACGAGGCCGUCGUGCCACAGCCUCCGCCGGAAUGGCAGCCGUUUGGUUACCCUCUAGCCCAUACCUUGUGUCUGGUUACCGCGUACUCUGAAGGGGUUGAAGGAAUCCGCACCACCUUGGACUCAAUCGCAUUGACCGACUACCCCAACAGCCACAAGACCAUCCUCGUCAUUUGUGACGGUAUCAUCAAGGGUAAAGGCGAGAGCAUUUCCACUCCUGAUGCUGUGCUCAGCAUGAUGGGCGACCACGCCGUGCAUCCAGACGAUGUCCAGCCCUUUUCCUACGUUGCUGUUGCCUCUGGCUCAAAGCGUCAUAACAUGGCCAAGAUCUACGCUGGAUUCUAUGCCUAUGGUCCUGAUUCCAUCGUUCCCCCCGAGAAACAGCAGCGCGUGCCCAUGAUGGUGGUCGUCAAGUGCGGAACUCCUGAAGAAGCCAACAAGAGCAAGCCCGGAAACAGGGGUAAACGAGACAGUCAGAUCAUCCUCAUGUCCUUCCUCCAAAAGGUCAUGUUCGAUGAGCGAAUGACCGAGCUCGAAUUCGAAAUGUUCAACGGCCUGUGGAAGAUUACCGGCAUUUCUCCAGACUUCUAUGAAGUCGUUCUCAUGGUUGACGCAGACACCAAGGUCUUCCCAGACAGUCUCACCCACAUGCUUUCUGCCAUGGUUCGCGACCCUGACAUCAUGGGCCUCUGCGGUGAGACCAAGAUCGCCAACAAGUCCGAUAGCUGGGUUACCAUGAUCCAGGUGUUUGAGUACUUCAUUUCUCACCACUUAUCGAAAUCCUUCGAGUCUGUCUUUGGUGGUGUCACCUGUCUUCCGGGCUGUUUCUGCAUGUACCGCAUCAAGGCUCCCAAGGGCGGACAGAACUACUGGGUACCCAUCCUCGCCAACCCGGACGUGGUUGAACACUACUCCGAAAACGUCGUGGAUACGCUGCACAAGAAGAACCUUCUUCUCCUGGGUGAGGACCGAUACCUAUCCACUCUCAUGCUCCGGACUUUCCCCAAGCGCAAACAAGUCUUCGUUCCCCAGGCAGUAUGCAAGACCACCGUUCCAGACAAAUUCUCCGUGCUGCUCUCCCAGCGUCGUCGAUGGAUCAAUUCCACCGUGCAUAACCUGAUGGAACUUGUCCUCGUCCGCGACCUCUGCGGCACAUUCUGCUUCAGUAUGCAAUUCGUCGUCUUUAUGGAACUCGUCGGAACCCUUGUCCUUCCCGCCGCCAUCGCAUUCACCUUCUACGUCGUAAUCAUCUCCAUCGUCAGAAGCCCCGUUCAGAUCAUCCCACUCGUCCUCCUCGCUCUUAUCCUCGGUUUACCAGCCGUGCUAAUCGUAAUCACUGCCCAUCGCCUAUCAUACGUUCUCUGGAUGUUCAUAUACCUUCUCUCCCUACCAAUCUGGAACUUUGUCCUACCCACAUACGCGUACUGGAAAUUCGACGAUUUCAGCUGGGGAGACACGCGAAAGACGGCAGGCGAGAAGACCAAAACUGCCGGAAUAGAGUACGAGGGAGAAUUUGAUAGCAGCAAGAUCACCAUGAAGAGAUGGAGAGAUUUCGAAAAAGGUACGCAACCCUCCCCCUUCCCUAUACUAUAA